UUCUUCAUUUUAUGCGUGCAUAACGAAAGGAAAAGAUAGACUAUGCAAUUACGAAACACUGAUGAUCAAGUUAGAGCAGCAAAUUACAAUAGGGAAAAAAUAAGCUUAAUCAUUUACUUUUAGUCCUGACGCAGUGGUCUUCCCAACAUGUAAUAUGGCCUCAUUAACAUCCAAUAUGCGAUUAUAAAAUACACAUUUUGUAAAUAGACCUAGACAUGUUUUAACUGAACUGGUCGCGUACGAUUUCGUGAGACGCGUUGGAAUGUCUAUAGAAAGAUCCCGCAGGAGGGGCUUUGGACAUCGGGCCCAAACAUCCAUACGAACAGCGCCGGAUAGAAUCACGUGUGUGCUUGUGUUUACCGGGUUAAACACACGUGCUUUAGCCACUAAACCCCGCCUCGUCUCGAGCGGCGUGUCGACGCCCACGCAGGAGACUCGCGCGGACCGCGCAGAACAGCCGUCAGUAGGUGGAAGCAAAGUGGACAGUUUCCUGGAAUAAACGUCCACACUGACUUAUUAUUUAGCUGAAGGCCAGCUGAAUUCGACUUAUUUUCUUUUAAAAGUAAAUGACAAUUUAAUAAUAUCUUAAGCUUCUUAAGGAACACAUUAUCUUUUUGCCAUUUUGGUAGACUCAUCGCUGCCCAUGCAUGUAUGAGUUGCGAGAGGUCGGGACCAGUGAGUCACCACUCGUCUAUUAAAGGUGGAGCGCUGUGGCUAAACAUCAUUCAGCGUCUGCACUGGGAAACAGAAGUUUCCUGCAUGAGCUGCCGGGUACUUUAGCACAGGGAGACAAUGUGUAUUCACAUGGCUGUGCAUAGGCAGAUCCUGGAGUCUCUGGGUAAUGGUACGGCCUGCCGUAAUCUGUUUGGUCCAGUUGAUCGGGAGCAGCUGCAAGUGGAAUAUAAAGAUGCGCUCCAGAAAGACAUAGAAGAUGCAUCACGGCGUUGGGGUUUCGACUUUGUCUUGGAAAAGCCUCUGGAGGGUGGAGACUUCCAGUGGGAGGGAGUUUCUGGGGCUUGUAUGCCCGCUCUGUACCAUGCAUGCGCUGUAGGGGAUAUGUCUUGGCAGCGGGAGGUGGAGUCUACAGCAGUCACCACCUGUGGGGCAGAGCCUCGGCUGGGUCAGUCUGCAGGCGGGAAAGAGAACGUUCCCAGAAGCCCGGAGAGGCAUAUCAGCAGUCUGGAGAAAACACCAGAGAAAACACACAUGCCUAAGAGGAAGCAAACCAACAUCACAGACUUCUACCAGGCUAAACGACGAAUUGUGGCCACUCCCAGGAAAUCAGGCCAGUGACUCAAGGAGCCACUGAGAAACCUGUCCUCAGAACACACACACACACACACACACACACACACACACACACACACACACACGCUACUCUCAGGAACUCUGAUGUGUCUACAUAGACUGUGUAUAUAUAUAUA